AGAUGGCAUUUCUUGCGCUGCACGUGUUGAUUGGGAUAUUUAUUUACGUUGGCAGUGUAAAAGGAUCUUCCCAGCCUCAAGCAAGGGUGUUUUUAACAUUCAAUGAGCUCCAAGAAACGAAGACCUCCGAAUAUCACAGAAUAUCCCACAGUCCCCUAGAUUACAGGAUAUUAUUCAUGGAUGAAGAUCAGGAUCGGAUCUACGUGGGCAGCAAAGAUCAUAUUCUGUCUUUGAAUAUUAAUAAUAUAAGCCAGGACCCUCUCAGUAUUUUCUGGCCAGCGUCAGCAAACAAGGUUGAAGAGUGCAAAAUGGCUGGCAAAGAUCCUACACAUGGGUGUGGAAAUUUUGUCCGUGUGAUACAGUCGUACAAUCGCACACACCUGUACGUCUGCGGCAGCGGCGCCUUCAGCCCUGUAUGUGUGUAUGUCAACAGAGGACGCAGGUCAGAGGAACAAAUCUUCAAGAUCGACUCCAAGUGUGAAUCAGGAAAGGGACGCUGUUCUUUCAACCCUAAUGUGAACACGGUGUCUGUUAUGAUCAAUGAAGAGCUUUUUUCAGGAAUGUAUAUUGAUUUCAUGGGGACGGAUGCGGCGAUUUUUCGGAGUCUGACGAGGAGGAAUGCAGUGCGAACCGACCAGCACAACUCCAAGUGGCUGAGUGAGCCUAUUUUUGUGGAUGCUCAUGUUAUCCCAGAUGGCACUGACCCCAACGAUGCCAAAAUCUACUUCUUCUUCAAAGAAAGACUCACAGACAACAGUGGCAGCACAAAGCAAAUUCAUUCAAUGAUUGCAAGAAUAUGCCCGAAUGACACCGGUGGUCAGCGUAGUCUUGUGAACAAGUGGACAACAUUCUUGAAGGCAAGACUUGUAUGCUCAGUCAUGGAUGAAGAUGGAACAGAAACGUACUUUGAUGAAUUAGAGGAUGUGUUUCUUCUAGAGACAGAUAACCCAAGAACAACACUUGUGUAUGGAAUUUUUAUAACAUCAAGCUCCAUAUUCAAAGGCUCAGCUGUGUGUGUGUAUCAUCUGUCUGACAUCCAGACUGUGUUCAAUGGGCCAUUUGCACACAAGGAGGGCCCAAACCACCAGCUGAUUCCAUAUCAGGGCAGAAUUCCGUACCCGCGACCUGGCACUUGUCCGGGAGGAGCCUUCACACCUAAUAUGCGGACAACCAAAGAGUUUCCAGAUGAUGUUGUGACCUUCAUCAGAAAUCACCCUUUGAUGUUUAAUCCCAUUUACCCAAUACACAAGAGGCCAUUAAUCAUCCGUAUAGGAGCCGACUACAAGUAUACAAAGAUUGCUGUGGAUCGAGUGAAUGCUGCUGACGGAAGAUAUCACGUCUUGUUUCUAGGAACAGAUCAAGGAACUGUGCAAAAAGUUGUUGUCCUACCCACCAACUUCUCUGCAAGUGGAGAACUUAUUUUAGAAGAGAUGGAGGUUUUUAAGAGUAAUUCUCCUAUAACAACAAUGAAGAUAUCAUCUAAAAAGCAACAGUUGUAUGUGAGCUCAGAUGAAGGGAUCACCCAGGUAUCCUUGCAUCGCUGCCACAUCUAUGGGACUGCCUGUGCUGACUGCUGCCUAGCCCGAGAUCCAUACUGCGCCUGGGAUGGCAACUCCUGCUCCAGGUUUUAUCCCACAGGGAAGAGGAGGAGUCGUAGGCAAGAUGUGAGACAUGGAAACCCUCUGACUCAGUGCCGAGGUUUCAACCUGAAAGCAUACAGAAACGCUGCAGAAAUAGUUCAGUACGGAGUGAAAAACAACACCACCUUUCUUGAAUGCACACCCAAAUCUCCUCAGGCCUCUAUUAAGUGGCUGCUACAGAAGGACAAUGACAGGAGGAAAGAGGUCAAGCUGAAUGAGAGGAUCAUAUCUACUGAGCAAGGACUCCUCAUUCGCUCUGUCCAAGACAGCGACCGGGGACUUUACCACUGCAUCGCAACAGAGAACAACUUCAAGCAGACCUUAGCAAAGAUCAAUUUCAAAGUGUUAGAUUCAGAGAUGGUGGCCUUCAUGACUGACAAAUGGUCCCCUUGGACAUGGGCCAGCUCGGUGCGAGCGCUGCAGUUCCACCCAAAGGACUUUGUGGGAGCUUUCAGCCACUCAGAAAUGCAGAUGAUUAACCAGUACUGCAAAGACAGUAGACAGCAAGGUCAGCAGAGGGAAGAAUCCCAGAAGAUGAGAGGGGACUACAGCAAACUAAAGGCCCUUAUCAAUAGCAGAAAAAGUAGAAACAGAAGGAAUCAAUUACCUGGAUCUUAAUUUUAUUUUGUAGUAAUAGAUAUCCUUGUCCUCACUGUAGGGGGCUUAUAUUUGUCUAUUGAGAACAAAUUUGAGCAAAUCUGGUAAAAAAAUAAAUGUAAAUCCAGCAAGCUUCAGAAAAGAUGCUUCUCCCAGUAAAAUGCAGUGUAACUUAACUAAAGAAAAUAAUUCAGAGCAUUUUCUUUCCUCAGUGCUGACUAACGCUAGCUUGGGCUCUGUCCUAGAAGCAGAACUGGGUAUUCGUCUUAAACCAGAUUCACCUUUAACAUCUCAGUAUUUAAUUACAGCUGAAUAGAAAGUUUUACAAAAUCAAUGCAUUAUCUUGCAACUCUGG